CUGGGGCAACAUGACCAAGAACCCAAGAUUCAAAUCGGUCGAGUUUCGUGACAAAAGCUUGUCGUCGACACUGCCCAAGCCCCUGGCCCUGGCCAACGUGGCUAUUCGUAUGCUUCUGGAGCAGAGCACGACCUGUGCUAGUCCGUACGAGACACAGUCGGAGAAACAGCAGCUAUCAGUCGUUGGCGGCGUGCUGUACUUUGACCUUGCCGAGAUGCCCGAUUCGGCAAAGUCACUGGGCUCCUGGUGUAUCCGACCAAUCCUGUCGAGCGAGGGGAGUCUCUAUCGCUGCGUUUAUCCAUUCAAGAAGCCGAUUGUGGAGGGCGAGAAGGAAGAGGAUGCCUCUGCCGCCGAUCUGACCAUCUGGCCGAUGCACGUAACCUAUGAGCUCUAUCCCGGAAUGUUUCUCAACACUGCAACGGCCAAGGUCAUGGCGUGGAACCCAGACACCGAGCUGUGGGAUGACGACAACAUCACGGACGUAGAGAUCGACAUUGACUUGGGCCAGGUCAAGUUCCGAACUCUCCACUUUCGCCCAACGGCUCUGAUUCAGGGGUUGUACUCUGAGUUUCCUUUGCAAGAUUGGCUGAUGAAGCCCUCCCCGACCAAGAACCGGUCCACUCUCUGGAUUCGAGGCAAGGAGAACGAGGCUGAGAUUGAGAUUGGCGAGGGCGAGUGCCGGUUUGUGGCUCCGAUGAAGCCAUUUAUGGAGAAGGAGUUUCUGGACAAGUGGUAUCCGCCAGAGCUGUUGUUCAAGAAACUGCUGCACUACGGGCUCAACUUUCGCGCGCCAAAGAAGAUGAAGGGCGUGGACAUUGAAGACCUGAUCUUGAAGAAUCCUGAUCCGGAGGAAGACUGUCUCCUUGGCAUCAGCCUUUGCCAGCCGUGCUUUGUGUUUCGACGCUCCUCGGGCAAUCGACAUCUACCGCCGUCAAAGAUCGCCUUCCGCGCACACGUUUGCAGUGAUCCCAAGUCGUUUGAUUCCGAAGAUCCCGAGGUGUCUUGGUGGAGCGUUGUUCACGACUCGACCUUCACGAUCGACGAGGCGGCAAAGACCAUCGCGUAUGUUACCAAGGAGACCGAGAUCACCGAGGACGUCAAGUUCAAUGCUGAGGCCCGCGAGAACAUGACGCUCCACUCCAGCGUCUACCACACCCUGGCGUGCAUGCCACCUGAAGACGAGGCCUCCAAGAUCGAGCAGGUGUCGGCCGUGUGGACCCGGACUGUGGCAGAGAUCAUGAAAAUCACCCGGCUCCUGAGUUUCUCAUGAACUGGAGGUGUUGGGCCAGUCCCGAACAGUAGUCCAGGAGACAGCGCGGUCAUGUGAGGUCCGUGGAAGUAGCAUUCGACUGUGAGGCAACAGCGGCGGAAGCCGAGAGAAUGUGGUUGUUGUUGUUGUUGUUGUUGUGGUGGUGGUGUUUCUCAAAUGAAUAUCGGUAUAAAUGCAAUAUAUUCGAUCGUUGGCAAGG